GCGUCACGUUUGAUUCAAGGAAAAUCUCCGCAGCCAGCUGCAGCGCCAUCGAGACCCGCCUGCAAUUUCGCACCGCCGCUUUUCCGCCCGGCCAGAGUCGCCGGCUAGCCCUGACUUGGACCGGUCGCACACCCUUAGCAGCAGCCUCCAGUUUCCAAUAGACACUCGGAAGCAGAGAUGAAUUUCGAGAUGACGAGCUCGACGGGCAGCGCAAAAGGCUCGAAAAGUGCGCACCGAAACAGCGCUUCGUUCACAAAUUCACAGAUUCGACCGAACAGCGAGAGUUCUUCGUCGCCCCUGUGGUGGUCGCGUCCCUCGCCUUCCAAGUCUUCCCGCCUCUCUUCGAGCAAUGUCAUGUCCAAAAGCUUUUCUGGCGCUGAGCCGUCGGCGCGCACCAAGCUCUACUACGGCAUGACGAACCGCAACGCCAGGUCUGGCUCCAGAUUGAUUCAGAACCCGCCGCUCGCAGCUUCUGUGGCGGCCAGACAGGAGUCUUCCGAGACAUGGGGAUCUUCGGUCUUUAGAAAAAUUCGCUCUCUUUGGUCGGGCGGCUCCUCCAGCAGCCUCAACUUCAAUCAAAUAGACAAAGAAGACCUAAUCGACCCGCGAAGACCGCCCCCUGUAAUGACCACUUCAACCCCCAACAAUUUUGACUGCGAACCCCACGACACGUAUCAGCAACUCCCGUGCAGAGAGGGAUCAAACACAAGUUGGGGUGGAUCUUUGCAACGAAAAUUCGCGAAUCUGUCCAAAAGCCGCCAACAACAGGACGACAGCAUGUCGCUCGCUUCAGUGGAAGCCAUGGACACAAAAUCGACGAAUAGUCCGUACUCGACUAUGAAAAAAUCGACCGACAGUUGCCACCUUGACCCGUCGUCAAGUGAAUCUAUGUUCUCCGGCGGACUGGCGCAGCACAGACUCUCCUAUGCAGGAUUUUACCCUUCGUCAUCGGACGACUCGCACACAAUGGACCGGCACUACGGCUCCAUCAGGAGGUCGGUCCGCAAGGAAAAAGCCGCGGCUGCACAAAAAGCGCCCGCCAAAAGUUCUUCGGCGCUCACCUCAAGUUUAAUGCACUCGUCGACUCCCUUGCUGAGGCCCCUUUUCUUUGAGGUUCCGCAACUUGAACCAGAACCUCCGUUUAUUGGAAGACAUUGGCUUUUCAAGCAAAUUUUGAACGGUGUCAUGACUGAGAAGGGUGCGGGAUAUUUACUUAUCGGCAAUCAAGGUGCUGGAAAAACUGCUUUUCUACUGCAAUUGGUAGAGCAAUCUUGUUUUGGCCGAGGUCACGUCAUGCAUCCUGACGAGCAAUUAAAUAAUUUGCGUUGCGACGAGAUGUUCACUUUGGCGCAAAUGGUGGUUGGUUAUCACUUUUGCCAGGCAGACAACAGCAUCACCUGUUAUGUGCCCGAGUUCGUCCACUCUUUGGCGGCCCAGUUGUACCAAGCGCCGCAAAUGGAGGCUUACAGGCAACAAUUGAACAGUGAAAGUCACCUGCAGCAAUUGGUUUCUAUCGAGGAGUGUAUCGCAGACCCAGACAGAGCUCUGACCAGGGGCAUUUUAGAGCCGCUUACUUUUUUGGCGCAGCACGACAGAAUACCUUCGUCAAUGCCGUGUUUGAUUCUAAUUGACGCCUUGGGUGAAGCGGAAUAUCAUAGGCCUGAUUAUACUUCAGCUCUCAUUGCUUUUCUCGUGAAGCACUUGAGCAGUUUUCCUCCAUGGCUAAAAAUAAUCGCGACGGUUCAAACGCCUCUACAAAAGCUAACGUCGCAACUCCCAUUCCAAAGAAUAAGUUUGGAUCGGACUCAUGCGAACGAAAGCCUCCAGCGAGACAUGUUGGAAUACAUAAAAUUCCGAAUCAAAUCAAGUCCGAAAAUACAGAGCAGCAUUUCCUCGCCCUCGAGCUCACUCACGAACUCCAUGAACGGUUCUUUCACUGGCUCCAUAAACACCCACUUUGAUCACGUCCACUCAAAAUUUGCCCAACACCUGAACAACCUGGCGCAGGGUUCCUUCCUAUUCACAAAAAUGACCCUGGAUCUGAUGGACGCGGGUCACCUGGUGUCCAAAGCCGCCGGCUACCGGGUGCUGCCGACGACGCUGCACCAACUCUUCCUCUUGAAAUGCAACCUGCGUUUCACCUCCGAGAGUUCCUUCAGCAAGGUCGAACCUUUGCUGGCCGUUUGCCUCGCCUCGCUGCAUCCCUUGAAUCUCAUCGAGAUCUACCACUCGGCCACUAGUCUGCAAAAUGAGCCCGACAACUGGGACACUUUUGCUGAAAAAUUCUCUAUGCUCGAAGGAAUGCUAGUGAAGAGGACAGACGACACGUACAUGUUCUUCCACCCCUCCUUUAGGGAAUGGCUCAUUAAAGGCGGCGGAAAUGAUGAAAAUAAAUUUGUUUGUGAUCUGAAGAAAGGACACGCUGGGAUUGCCCUUCGUUUCUGCAGGGUACAACAACCCUUAACUGCAGAGCUAACUCUUGAACUGAGCCACCACAUCUUGAAGGCUCACAUUUUCAAAAACGCACCCAACAUGCCAAAGUGUCUGACGUCUCGAGACAUGCAAGCUCAGUGGCUGCUCAGCGCUUCAGAGGCCGUCACCGACUCUCUGUGCUGCGCCAGAAAUGUCUUCAGUCCUAAUGUUAAGGUUUCUCGACUGUUGCUGCUUUCGGGCGCCAACGCGAAUGCUCAAACUGAAGCUCUCGGUGGAGUUCCUAUUUUGUGUGCCGCGGCCCACUUGGGUUUUCUGGAGUUUGUCUCCAGCCUACUCGACUUCGGGGCCCAACCCAGACUGACUGAUGCCAAGGGCGCCACUCCGCUCAUCCUGGCGGCCGCUGCCGGACACCAAGGCGUGUGCUCCGUCCUCCUUAAAGCUCCAGGAGCCGAUACUUUGGUUGGAGUGGCGGACGAUUCCGGCCGCUGUCCUUUGGUGCACGCAGCCAGCGGAGGCCACUUAGAAAUAGUUAAGCAAAUUCUCGCCUUUCCGUGGGCGUCUGCGAAAGUGGAAAGCACUUUCCAAAUCGGCACCCCCUGCGGCAGGGAGGAAACUGUGCUGAUUGAGAAGACUGGAUUGGACAAAACGCAGGCCAAGCAUCAAGCUCUCGUGGCUGCCGCUGCCAAGGGGCAAACGGAAGUGGUUUUGUGUAUUUUGGAGGACAGGAGUGUUCCGAUCGACAUACCAGACACUCUCCACGGUGAGACUGCUCUCACAGCGGCGGCUGCCGGAGGUCAUGUGGCGACUUGUCAGGCACUUUUGCAAAAAUCAGCAUCGGUUAUGGUACCUAACACCAAGGGCCUGAUGCCUUUGUGCGUGUCGGUGAAAGAAGGUCACUGGCCGACCGCUGAGAUCUUCCUGCAAAAGGGUGUGCCUGUUGACCAGGCCGAUUACCACGGCCGGACGGCACUCAUGUAUGCCGCACUUGAAGGACACCUAGCCAUCGUCCAGUUACUCGUACAAAAUUGCGCGAGUAUUCACAGAGCCGACAAGGAAGGAGUAACUGCUUUGUGUCAUGCGUGUCACAAGGGAAGGGUUCAGGUGGCAAAGUUCCUAAUCGACAACGGCGCAGAUUUGAAUCAGACAGACAAAAGCGGACGAACUCCUCUAGACGCAGCCACAAGCCAGUGCAAUCCAGAAAUUUUAGAAUUACUUUUGGAAAAUAAUGUAGCAGUUGAUAGGACAGACGUAAACGGUUUGAGGCCUUUGGAGAAAGCAAUUUUAAGUGGAAACAUAGCAGUUGUGCAGUGUUUUUUGAAGAAGAAGCCAAGUUUGAGCUCGGCAACUUGGCAGGCGGCACAAGGAAAGCCCGAUAUGUUACUGAUGUUGUUGCAGCGGCUGCUGGAAGACGGCAACCUGCUGUACAAAAGGGGCCGCCAUCAAGACGCAGCCAACCGCUUUUAUUACGCCAUCAAGAAACUCCCUCCGACGUCAGCACAGAACUCUUGCGAGCCUUUUUUGCUCUUGCACCUGCAGCUUUUGCUAAAUCUCUCACGUUGCAACCUCAAAUUGAACAAUUGUGAGGAAGCGGUCCAGCUGGCGGAAAUGGCGAUGCGAAUUCGCCCGGACUCAUUUGAAGCCCUUUUUGCACGGGCAAGAGCACUUUUGGUUUUGGGCGAACUGAAAUGCGCCCAGGACGACGUCAAUCAGGCCCUGGCUCUGGUGCCGCAGCACAACCGGACAGCCCGAAAGGUGAUCUUGAAACUCAGAGAGGACAUCGAGUUUCAGAUCCAGAACACGCUCGACUGAUAAAAUGUGGAAUUAACUGUAUUUAAAAAUUAUGCAAAUAUACUUAAUUUAUUUAUUACGUGUAACGAUACUGCCAGUUAACUAUACAGAGAAAUUCUUGUAGUCAAUACUGAUUAAGAAAGUGCCAUGUUAACGAUAUUAGAACCUGAACAAAACUAAUUGAUCAAUUUUUCUCAGAUUAAUUUGUAAAAUCCGUCCGCAGAGACUUUUCCUUUGACCACCAGGAGUGAUUUUUUUUGUAAUUAGAAUUUUAAUGAUUUUUUUAAAUAAUGCAAAAUAAUGCUUUGUCGUUCUCAGUAAUAAAAUGUAACUGUUUGGAAAUUAUGUGAUCUAGAGUCAAGUAAUUUUGUGUUAAAAAAUUAACCAAUGUGUAUUGCAGGCAGAAAUGUAAAAAUUGGUUGUGCAAAAAUUUUGCUGCUUGAAAAUAAAUUCAGAAUUUGAUGAGACACAAAAUGUGGCAUUUUUCG